CCGCCGCUCCGACCGGAGCCACAGUAUGCGGACACCGGCCCCAGCGCUUCCACACUGGGAGACCCUGCCCUCGGUGAAACGGCGGCAGAUGGCUCGUUUUUCGCGUGGUUUUGAAUACUCAUGGUAACUUCGGUUUUAUUGCCAUCUCGGCGUGUUUAUUACUCAUCUCCACCUGAAAACACCGUUCAUACAGUGCAGGAGGCUCUAGGAGCGUGCAGGCGGACCGGGAGGGAACAUCAUGAAGUUGCAGGUCGCCCUCCUUCUCCUGUCGCUGUUGUGCCCGCUGUCUUUGGCCACCAUUCCCGCUCCAGGUGAGUUUGUGUCCCUGGCGGAAAUGGAGGAUGCCCUGCUCAGGAACCUUUUCCAGGGUUACCAGCGCUGGGUCAGACCCAUCCAGCGUGCCAACGAUACUGUUAAAGUUCGUUUUGGACUGAAGAUCUCACAGCUGGUGGACGUGGAUGAGAAGAACCAGCUGAUGACGACUAAUGUUUGGCUAUGGCAGGAGUGGAUUGACUACAAACUGCGAUGGAAUCCCGAGGACUACGGUGGGAUCACCUCCAUCAGAGUCCCAUCUGAGACGAUCUGGCUCCCGGACAUAGUCCUCUAUGAGAAUGCUGAUGGGAGGUUUGAAGGCUCCCUGAUGACCAAAGCCAUUGUCAAAUUCAAUGGAGCAAUUACCUGGACACCACCUGCCAGUUAUAAGUCCGCCUGCACCAUGGAUGUGACUUUCUUCCCCUUCGACCGCCAGAACUGUUCCAUGAAGUUUGGCUCCUGGACCUAUGAUGGCAACAUGGUGGACCUGGUUCUCAUGGACAACCAGGUGGACCGGAAGGACUUCUUCGAUAAUGGAGAGUGGGAGAUCCUCAGUGCCACUGGUGCCAAGGGGAACCGGAGGGAUGGCUUGUAUUCAUACCCAUUCAUCACAUAUUCCUUCAUUCUGAAGAGGCUGCCGUUGUUCUACACACUCUUCCUCAUCAUCCCUUGUUUGGGUUUAUCCUUUCUGACUGUCCUGGUGUUUUACCUUCCUUCAGAUGAAGGAGAGAAGCUGUCGCUCUCCACCUCUGUGCUAGUGUCGCUCACUGUGUUCCUCCUGGUCAUAGAAGAGAUCAUUCCUUCUUCCUCCAAGGUCAUCCCGCUCAUAGGAGAGUACCUGCUCUUCAUCAUGAUUUUCGUCACGCUCUCCAUCAUUGUCACUGUCUUUGUCAUCAAUGUGCACCACCGCUCCUCUGCCACCUACCAUCCCAUGUCUCCGUGGGUCCGCAGCCUCUUCCUCCAGAAGCUGCCGAGGAUGCUCUGCAUGCGUGGCCAUACCGACCGCUACCACUAUCCGGAGCUGGCCCCUGAAAGCCCUGAGCUGAAGUCCCGCUCUGGUGGUCGGAGGGGGGGCCAAAGAGCGAGUGGUGGAGCUCAUGGACAGACCACCUCUGAGGGGAAAGAGGAUGAGGCCUGGGCCACAAUGUUAGAAAAGGCGACCUACUCAGUCCGUUACAUCAGCAGACACAUCCGCAAGGAGCACUUCAUCCGUGAGGUAGUACAAGACUGGAAGUUUGUGGCCCAGGUGUUGGACCGGAUCUUCCUGUGGGCUUUCCUCACCGUCUCAGUGCUCGGCACCAUCCUCAUUUUCACUCCAGCUCUGCAGAUGUUCCUGAAAAUACCCCCUCCAACUGCAAGUGAGGAUCCACCUUCAAACUAGAAGUAAUAUCCAUAUCUAUUUAACAUGCAAGUGAUGGUCCACCUUCAAAAUCUGAAGAAGAGGCACUCAUUAGUGGCGCUUAUUGAGCCUAUACAAUGACAUAUUGAUUUUUAUUUGGUUAUUUGUAUUUCCCAGACACAAUAUGUGAAAUGUUGAGUAGUUCUCCAAUUCUUGCAGGUGGUGUUGCCCCGUAGCUUAGAUGACAACUGCUGACAGUGUUAAUAAGUUAAUUAUAUUGAACCCGAACGCUGCUUAGAAUGAAAAACUGCUUAUUUCAGUUUAAUUGCUGAAUCACACUCCAGAUCCUGUUAUUGACUCAAUUACUGUUAAUUUUUAGCUGACUACUUGGUUAUUGAUUUCAGCUAUUUGACUGACUGAAGCAAGACACCAUUUUCUCUUGCCUUCAUUAUUGUUUUUUUGCUUGUAUUGCCUUUGAUUUUAUGUGUGUUGUGGACUUGUGCUGUUGUUUGUAAUGUGUCAGUUUUAUUCACCUGGCUGCAAAAAUAGUUUCUCCGUGGGGAUAAUAAAUUUAAAAUCAUUUGGACAUUUUUUCUCAUUGUGUUACAAUGCACAGUGAUGAAAAAUGACCUACUAAAUUGCAGAAAGUUAAAAUACUCUUAAUAAUUUGCUUGGUGCAUAAUUAACAUAAAUGGAAACACUGACACAAUAUUGAGACACAAUAUACUGACACAAUAUUAUGCGGGGGUUGUUCUAAUUAUCACUUUUCAAAAGCACAAAUUAAUUCUUAGGUACAUUUUAGUGGUAUAGUAUAAAACAAGGAAAACAAUCCUGCAAGUUACCAACAACAGUUAAACUACCUGCACAUUCCUUAUGAGAUGCUUUACAUCUUUGCAAAUCUUUGAAGUUUCAAAGUUAGCCUAAGUUUGGGGAAUGAUGGCAGCAUCCACUGACUGGUUGAUCAGAGCUGUAUUUGUACGGUUGUAUCUGGGGAUCUAAUUACAGAGUGGUCGUCCUUUAUUCAGCUUGUUCUGUUUUUUGUUGUUGAAAAUUAUGUCCCAGUCUGUCUCACUAUUUUACCAGCCUCAAAUGUAAAAUUCGCUAUAGUUUUGGACACUGCGCAGAUAUUGCAUUACAAACUAUAUAAUGCCAAAUCUCAAUGAAUAAUUGAAAACUUGACAUUUUAAUUUCUUAUUAAUCUCUUAAAAAUAAUAACUCUAUGGAAAUUUUGUCAUAAACUUUUAAGUGACUUGCACCAUACAAUCCCCAAAGCCAUUUCUCCUGUUGUCCAGAUGUCUCUAAUCACAAUAAUAAAUUUGUUUUCAAAUACA